UCCAGCCACCAGUCAGCCUGGCGCUUCCUGUCCUGAUGGCACUGCUUGGAGCCCUCGCUGUCCUGAGCCUCCUGCCACUUCUGGAGGCUCACAACCUCACACUCACCAACCUCACAGCCAUCCCUCUCACCAACGCCACGCUGGAGUGGCUCUCGGGCCGGUGGUUCUUCCUGGGCUCAGCCUUUCGCAACCCUGCAUACAAGCAAGCAGCCGAGGAGAUCCAGGCAGCAUUCUUUGAUUUUGUCCCCAACCUGGCAGAGGAUACUAUACUCGUCAGAGACUACCAGACCAUGGAGGACAAAUGCAUCCAUAACUCCACCAACUUGAGGGUCCAGAGAGAGAAUGGGACCCUUUCCAAAUUUGAAGGGGGUGUAGAACAUUUAGCCGUCCUGUUGCUGCCCAAGAACUCCAGGAGCUUCAUGCUUGGCUUCUCGCUGGAAGAUGCACAGAACCUGGGACUCUCCUUCUAUGGUGAUAAGCCGCACAUCACCCCGGGGCAGCUGGAGGAGUUCCAGGAUGCUGCCACUGUCUUAGGCUUACUUAAGACAGAAAUGACAUAUGUGGACUGGAAAAAGGAUCAGUGUGGGCCGCUGCAGCAGCAGCAGGGGCAGGACAAGGAGGAAGUGGAGCCCUAGGAAGAGGCGGCCUCGGGCCAGUACCUGCCCGGCCGUCCUCACCCCCCACUCAGCCUCUGUCCUUCCUGGAAAU